AGUAGUUCAGGUGGGAAAGAAACUGCAGCUAGAAGUGAAGUAAAGAGCUAGCCAGUGCCUAGAGUACGUUCAACUCCAUCAAGUAUCUAUUACUUGUGUAUGCUGAGAAGUGCAUUGGCCCUUUGUAACGCCAUUCGGAUCACAACGAUGUGGAAAUUAUUUGUCAACUUAAAAAUAUCAAUAUCACGUUAUCUUUAAUUUUUGUCAUGAGACAUCUAUCACCAGCAUCCGCCAACUCUCUUACUUCCUGUUUCUCGCGGAUUGUAAUCAACUUUCAGGUGGAAAAGUGUAAACUUGGUAUUUUAUCGGUGACAAAGAGGAUGGAGUGACACUGAAAUAGCUGAAUGCAGAUAGCGAAAGACAGACAGAUCAAUGCUAUCGGCGCCUUAAUAUAAUAGUGAAAACUGAAUGGUUUAAAACAGAAAACAAUAUACGAAAAUUCAAUAAUUUAUCAGUCAUUAAUUUUCAUUGACUUUGAUAGUAAAAAGAAGUAAUAAUAUUUAUAAGGAAGUUAUUCUUUGCUGAUGAUUGUUAUUAGAAGUAAUGAUAAAUCGAUUAAAGAGUCAAUUUUGCGUUGAUUUAGUGAGGGAUAAAGAGGUAAAAGGAACGUGGGGACUCAAGCGAAGAAGCAACGGAUCAGGAUUACUAUCGUCCAGUCACUCGUGAAACGUGAAAUGUGACGAAAGUUCUUUCAGUCGUUUAGUUUGACAUAGUGAAUGCAUUUUGUUGCUGCUUUUUUUACUAUUUGGUGAUUGAAACGCUUUUAUACAGGAUUCAUUUCCAUGAGGAUCCACAAUGGGGACGAGGAUCAAGGUGGAUAAAGGAUUUUUUUGUCGACAAAUACAAAUCCUUUUACUGGUCAUUAUUUUUUUAACUAAUUCUUCAAAAGCAUGUCAAUUUUAUCCAGUUGGGGAGUAUUUAAAGUUCGUCAGGGUCCCAGAGAAUCUUCCACUUGGAGCAGAAGUUCUCUCCCUCGAGGUUCAUCCACGUAGCCAUUUAACAAUUAUGCCAGUCGAUAAGGAAGAAGAUGCUCGAUAUUUUACUUACAAAGAGAUCAAUGAAACCCACGUGUCAGUUAUUUUGGCUCAAUCACUAGAGGAUCUGGUAGAUACAGAUGCACCCAGAAAUCUGUUAAAAUUUCGAUUAGUCUGUGACUUCUCAGACAAUGUAAAUUCACUGACUUCAUCGCAUUUGUCUGUUACGGUUUAUGUUGAGGAUGUUAAUGACCAUUCGCCUCAGUUUAUUGGAGCACCAUAUCACGUUUCUGUUGACGAAUUCACUCCUCCUGGAAUUACAAUAUUUCGUGGCAUUCAUGCAAUUGAUGGUGACAAACCGAAUACUCCAAACAGCGAUGUUCAUUAUGCGAUAGUGAAAGGCAAUGAUGAUGGUAAAUUUUCACUGGAAUCCGGUCAUCGGACUGCUUUAAUUUUGAGGAAGCCUUUGGACUAUGAUACAGGCGAUCGACAAUUCAUUCUGGUUAUUACUGCAACUGAUCGUGGUAUUCCAGCGAGAAGUUCUAACACCACUGUUACUAUAAAUGUCCAUGACAAUGAUGACCUUGGACCCAAAUUUACUCAAGAUGUUUAUAAGGGUAGAAUCUACGAGUCUUUUCCACUUACAAGAGGAUCAAUUCACAAAGAAAUAUCUCUGGAUGUUCCAAUUCACGCAGAAGAUCAAGAUAGAGGCAUAAAUACUCCAGUAAAAUACUCUAUAACAUCGGGCAACGAACGUGGACUAUUCCAAAUAGACUCAAAGAACGGUUCUCUCUUUCUUCAACGACCUAUCGACUUAGACAAUGAACGUUUGCUCAAUAACACAUUUACUCUUCAAAUUUACGCUUCGCAGUUAGACAAUCCACUCAAGUAUUCUUCUGCAAAAGUCUUAAUUGAAAUUUUAGACUUAAAUGACAAUCUGCCGCAGUUUGAGGUGGAUCUUUAUAAUAUUAGCAUUGUGGAGAAUCUCCCAAAUGGUUUUAGUGUCCUCCAAGUAGUGGCGUAUGACAAAGAUCAAGGAGAGAAUGCAGAAUUCACUUAUGAUCUAGAUGAUCCAUCAGAAGCAUUUGCUGUUGAUCCUAAGACUGGAUGGCUUACAGUCAAAGAUGAGCGAGUUUUAGACCGUGAAAAGACUUCAUUUAUCAGAAUGCAAGUUCUGGCAGUUGAAAAAAAACCCAGCAUUAUAACAGGAUCUAAUUCUAGUUCAGUUGCUGUUGAAGUAACUCUACUUGACGCCAACGAUAAUAACCCAACAUUUAUCCCAACUAAUGUUUACGAGUUUAUGACGAGAACAAACGCGAAAGUUGGCACUGUCUUGGGUAAAGUACAUGCAACCGACAGCGAUCUUGGAAGAAAUGGAAUUGUUAGGUAUGGUCUUCAACAGACCGGAAACAGCACGUUGGCGCGCGUGCCGUUUGUUGUCGACGUACGUACAGGUGUUGUGUCCGUAGCAGAGAGCCCGAUAAUAGAGGGAAGACACGCAAUCUUUGUUGAAGCAAUGGAUCAACCAGCGAAUCCUAGCGAAAGGAGAUCUUCACUAGCCGUUGUCACGGUGGAUGUAUUUCAACCGGAUGAUAAAGAUUCAAUGCCAGAUUUCGUGGGUGCUCCGUAUGAGUUUUGGGUGGGAGCUAAUGUGCAAAUUGGUACGAGUGUCGGGCAAAUUCGUGUCAAUGAUGCGGGACAAAAGAGAAAUGGCCUUCUAUACGAUUUGCUUCACAGUUACCAUGAAGGAGUUCCUUUUGCUGUGGAAGAACAAACUGGUACUAUCACAGUGGUGGAUAAGGUUGAAAAAUUCACAAGAAGAUCUUACGACUUUGAAGGGGUUGUCACCAAUGAUAAAGAUCUUACUCUUGUUACUAAUGUCUCCAUUCAUGUAGUGGACCCUAACGAUAAAAGGGAUUUCUUUACAAAAGGAACGACUAGAGCUCCAAUGGUCUUUCAUGUCAAAGAAAAUAUUCCAAAUGCUUUUAUUGGCCAUGUUCUUCCAAGAAAUGAUACGGGUGAUAAGAAAAGUUCAAAUAUUCGGUUCAUUAUCGCCAAUCAACGAGAUGUUCCUGAUAUCACAAUUACUGAGGCCGGUGACCUUUACACGGUUCGUGGUCUCGACCGUGAAAUGAGGCAGAAUUACAGCAUCACCGUAAUUGCCGAGACAACAAGAGGACUUGGAAUAUUUCAAAUAACCGUAGUCGUUGAUGAUGAAAAUGACAAUCCACCGAUUUUCGAUUUUGAAUCUUAUGAAGGCCACUUACUAGAAAACAGUUUACCAGGAACCGAAGUAAUACUGAAUAAUCGUAUAUCAGUUCAUGAUGCUGACGAUGUGGCCAAUAGAAACUAUCUUCUUACUUUGGAGGGUGAAGGAAGCGAUCUCUUUACUAUUGAUCGCAUGACUGGUCGCGUCUUCUUUGGUGGCAAAGCUUUUCGAAUUCUUGACAGAGAAGAUAAACCUACAUAUAUGCUACGUAUUAUUGCCAGUGACAAGAAGAAUCCAAAAUCGUUUGCACAAUUGCGAAUAACAUUGGAUGAUGUCAAUGAUAACAAACCUACAUUUGCUCAGAUGAUUGUUUCCCCGGAUCACGGAAUAAUCGUUUCAAAAGAUGAUACUAAACCAGGAAAACUGAAGGACGAUUCAGAUGCUCGUUCUCCACUUCUUAUAGUGCCGGAGAAUGUAACAAUAGGUACUGCGAUAAUCCGUCUACUGGCCCAGGACAAGGACAUGUCCAACAAUGCCAAGAUAACUUACAGUAUUGCAAGUGAGACUAUCUAUCCACCUUAUCACGAUUCGAUUUCCGAUACCAGGCCUUACUUCAUUGUCAAUGCAAGGUCGGGAGAGCUUUCAGUGGCUCGUUCACUUCCAGCUGGUAAAAAAAUUCACCUAGAUAUUAUUGCGUCAGAUCCUGGCAAUCUUACUGAUCAUGUUAUUGUGAAAAUGGCCAUUGAGGAUGUUAAUAAUCACCCACCAGUGUUUAAAAAAUCCUGGUACACAUUUGAUAUUAUUGAAGGAACCCACAAGAAUGAAGAAAUUGGUACGAUAUUGGCAGAAGAUAUGGAUUUUGGCAAAAAUGCUAAAAUAAACUAUAAAGUCAACUCUUCAUCAUAUGAUAGUACAAAUCUUAAAUUUGAGAUUGGACUAUCAACUGGGGUUCUAACGGUGACCGGAAAUCUUGAUCGAGAAACUCGAGAUAAAUAUCAAAUCAUUGUUAUUGCUUAUGAUAGUGGUGACAUACCACUCAGCUCAACUGUUGAUGUUGAAAUAAAUGUUCUAGACGCCAAUGAUAAUGCUCCGAAAUUUUAUGGAUUUGUAGAGUUUAAAGAAGUAGACGAAAAACUGAUUCCUAUUUAUUAUGCAUCUGUGGCAGAAGAUACUCCGAUAGGUACAGUAAUCCACAAAGUUUACGCAAACGAUUCGGAUUUCGUUGGCAAUGGGAAUGGCCUGAUCUUGUUUGAUUUACCACAGUCGGGUCAAAAACAAUAUUUCGCAAUAGACAGUAAAGAUGGAACAAUUUCUACUGUUUCUUCUUUAGAUUAUGAAUCCCAAGAGCUUCAUAAUGUCACCAUAAUUGCCAGGGAUUUAGGAUCUCCAGGUCUAACAUCAACUGCGUUGUUGUAUGUUAGAGUUUUGGAUGUUGAUGAACCCCGAGAGAAUACGUCCGAUAAACCAAUCUUCCAACAUCGCUACUACGAAGUAGAAGUUGAGGAAAAUUCACAAACACCCUUGAAACUCCUUCAAUUGAACGUGUCCGAUAAAUACAUUGGUCAGAUAAUGAAGUAUGAGAUCCUGUCCAAUGAUUCUGAAGUUCGAGAUCACUUUUUCAUUGAUCCAGAGAAUGGUACUCUGUUUCUAGUGAACUCUGUCGAUCGUGAAUACAGAGAUGUUUACGAAUUUAAAGUCAAAGUAGAUAGGAUUAAGAAAAGCCGAGGUUUACCCACGAUGAUUUAUCCAGUAAACGACGAGAGACUUGGAGAUCUUGGAAUUAAUGAGGCAAAGAUUGUAGUUAGAGUACAAGACAUCAAUGACAAUGCUCCAAGAUUCAAGAGCAAAGGACGACCAUUACUUGCUGCUGUCCCGGCGUCUGCAAAUUACGGCUAUGAAGUUAUCAAGGUUGAGGCGGAAGAUCCUGAUAAAGGAAUAAAUGGUGAAAUACGGUAUCAAAUUCUUGGACGAGAGGAUGCUCCACGUUUCGCCAUUGACCCACUUAGUGGUCAAGUGCGAUCAGUGGGUAGUUUUACUCGGGACGCUGGUCGAGUUUUUGGUUUUGAUGUCAAGGCUACUGAUCGUGGAGGUGCCGAAAAUGGGCGUAGCAGCAUCGCCAAUGUUUUUGUGUAUGUUGUGGAUGACAACAAACAAGUAGUAUUGGUAAUGGGCAAAAAGCCAACAGAAAUAGAGGACCAGGUGGAUGACAUUACCAGAGCAUUGAAAAACCUUACUGGCUGGGAUGUCCGGGUGAGAAAGUUGGAACCGCAUAUAGAGAAAAACUUGAUUGAUGCUACUUCAACUGACGUUUAUCUUUAUGCUGUGGAUCCAGAUCUUAAUGUAAUGGUUGACAUGGAGACUUUACAUAAAACCUUCAACAGAAAGAAAUCGGAAAUAAAAGGAGAGCUGGAAAAAUACCGUGUGCUAGAGAUAACCGGAAACGCACCUAGAAAUAGCAGUCAGAAAUAUUUACUGUCGACUUUUGAGGUGGGGGCGAUUGUCCUGAGUUGUGUCGUUUUUAUAGGAGCUUUCGUUACAAUCCUUUGUGUCGUUUGCGUUCGACGUAGUAAACGCCGGCGACGUGAGACAACGUUACCACCGUCUACCGUUUUCUCGCCAGUUGGCUUUGCUUUGACGGAGCCAACCGCAACGUUGCGGAAGCCAGCACUAUUUCCAACUUUUGUCGACGGCCUUCAUUAUGACCCUGAACCCUUUGCACGAGACACAAGGAGGUUGAGUGUUUGUGAACAUGAGCCAGGUUGCAUUCAUCACCAUAGUCAGUCGCGCAGCUGUGGAACGGCCAAGAGGAUGCCGACCAGAGCGACAGGAUGUCUCGAAGCUUCCGCAACAUCUCUUCACUCAAGCGGCCAGGAUUCCGGAAUUGUUGCACGUGCCUGUCAUUGUGGCCACUCGUCAAGUCCUUCAAGCGGUGAUAGCAGCAAUGGCUAUGAAGAUUCACUCAAGUCAUUACAUCGCAGCACAACUAAUGAGCUCUCUAGAGGUCCUGAAUCUGAAAUAAAACAUCCAAAUGCCACUACCAUGCGGGCACGCCAUCGAUUUCAUUCAUUUUCAAAUGCUGAGUCAAUUUACGCACGGGACACUAGUCUCAAAAAGGAAAUGAGAUAUCGAACUAAUUAUGAGAAAAGACUAAUGCAGGAUCAUCUGCUGCCAGAACUACAUGUUUCGAGGACAAUGAUCCGCGAACAUCCGAGCAAUAAUAGAAAUUUGACGCAGAUGACGAGGCUUCAUGGCCCGACUGGAUCGAGCCACUCGUUGUUCUGGUGAAGAAACCAAAGGAAGUUUGGGAGAAUAUUUGUCAAUUGUAAAAUAUAUUUGUACACUUUAAUUUACCAUUUUAUUUGAAUAAUUAUUUAUAAGUUUUAAUAAAGAGAUCUAUAUGUAUUUAA